UUCAAUAUGAGUAUGGAUAUAUUGAUAAGAGUUCCUAAUAAGGAUCUCCCUGAUGUUGAAAUUCAGGCGAGAUGGAAUUGGACUACUUUGCAUUUGAAAACUAAAGUUCAAGAGAUACAUCCACUAAAACCUCUGAUAGCGGAACAAAGACUUAUACACGGUGGAAAGACUUUAUUGGAUGGAUCGUUACUUAAGGAUUAUAUUCCACAAACAAAAGAUUCAUGUAAGCCGAUAGUUUAUUUAGUGGUGCGCACACCCCCUCGUGAAAAUGUUUCAACCACUUUUGUUAACUUUUCAGAAACGUACGCUAGUUCCAGCGCAUUGGAAGAUUCGAUAAAGCCUUCACAGAAGUUGGUUCAGAGCUCUUCCAGUGCGUUAAAGCUUAUAGAAGAUAACGUAAACAACUUUAAGUUGGGCGAAGACUCUGCUUUUAUAGAUAAGCUUCCUCCGGAAAUGUUAAACGCUUUAGAGAACUUGCUUCAGUCAGCCAUGGUCGACUAUCUUAAACACGCAGAAGGUGAUGCCGUAAAUUCUGGUACAGGAAUGGUUCUGAACUACGCAGAAAGUGGAAGCAACGCUGGUGGACUGGUAGAUAAUACUUCCCCUCCGCCUUUUAACAACCGUCCUGAGGUCCCCGAGUACAACGAUGGCGAAGACUAUUUAGAUAGACCGCAACAAGAAUCCCAAUUUGUUUUGCUUUUUAAAUGGGCUUUUUUUGUACUGGUGUUUUCGCAGGGCGCUAGCCGUCGGAAAUUUUGGUUCCUGCUAUUUUUUUCCUUAAUUGGUUUUUUGUAUCAAACUAACCGAAUUAAUUUUCUGGCUUUUAAUAAUAAUAAUAUAGCAAACGACCCUAAUAGAAACGAUAACCACGAAAGUAACGCUGCCCCUACUAAUGCUGGCAGCAGUUCUGAUACGGCUAAAGUGGUUCGAUCAACCCAUUUAACUAACUUGUCGAAAAUUUUGAGCGAUAUUGAAAGUUUUGUGGUUAACUUUUUUAUUUGUUUGCUUCCAAGUCGGAUGCCCAACGAAUUUGAUAACGUGCCAGAAAAUAUGUUUUAA